AGUGUAAUUAGAUCCUUGCCUAGUUAAUUGAAGUACUUGUGUGCCAAAGCUUUGUUGUGAAACUGGGAGAAGGUUCUUCCUGUGUGUCAGGCAGUGGCCUUUAACAUGGAACUUGCCAUUUUAGUAUGGAAAUUGGAGGCAGCAAUCUUAAAUUUGCUUUCAGAUGACAUUUAUGAGCUAAACUCAAUCAUUUAUUUGUGCCUGACCUUGGAAGAUCAAAAAAGAAGAGGCUGCAUGUCAAGAGAAGAGAGAAGAGGUGGCGUGUGUAACGGCGAGUUCCUGUCCUUCACCUCUUGGGGAGUUUACUUACUGGAUGCACUUCCUAGCCUUGUGUUUGACGCAGCAAAAGAAGAUGUGGCACUGCGGACGAGCAUACUGAGGAAGCUGCUUCUGCAGGUGGAUGUAGCUGACUCAAGGGGAAAGCUGAGCAACCUUGGAUACUGAGCUCUAAUUGGUGAGUCUAGAGGUUACUACUGUUUACAAAGCUAAUGUUUAUAACUUGUUUGUUCUUGUAUUUGUAAAAUUGCAUUUGUGUAUUUUGUAAUACUGUAUUUGU